AUGGAUGCGACGAUGCAAUCGGCGAUGAUGGACUCAAUGCUCCCGCCUCAAUCGGAGGUUCUCGUUACACUUGAAAAAGCGCUGUUGAACUUGUCCCAAAAGCCGUCUGUACGUAUACGCACGCACGAUGGUAGCAGGAUGUGUCCUCGCGAAGGAACACCGACAACCGAUGAAAUCAAGAAAAUCUCACCUGACAUAACCGGUUUACGAAACAUUCCGCACCCUAACUUCCAAGAGGCCCUGGCGAUCGCAUCCCAAAUCAAUCAAACCUUGCAACGUCUCAGAUCUUCCGUUUUUACUAUCGGCCUAGCAGAACCUCAAGUGUCGAGCAAGAACGACCAGAAUUUAGGCAUUUUGAAAAGAUAUCGGACUGAUCGCCUGCUGAACGAUGACUCGAUGGAAGAAGAAUCCUCCAUAGCCAACCGCAAGGACAUACUCAUAGCAACAACGGAAGCCUCCGAAAUGAUCAAUGAUAUAAUCCAAUGGUCUCAAAAAUCAAAUGUUUGCUGUUUGCAACACCGCUGGCAAAUUUCACUCAAUGGCCCCGAAUACCCCGCGGCAGGCUUCAUUCAGCAUCUAGAUUUAGUCAUACAAUUGGCCUCAGAGCGCCAGAGCACAUUUGAAGCCGAUCCAGGAGAGCUGUCUCAGAUCUUGCGAACGCCACAAGGCAUAAACUUUGUCAAGACAUUAAUACCCCUUCUCAAACUGGUCCGAAUUGCAACAAGUUAUUGA